AUGAAUGAACAGAGAAGUUGAACUAGUCUCAUUGAUUUUAAGGCACUUGUUUUAAUUUGUGGAACAAGAAACUAGCAAAAAUAUAAGUGCAUCAUGACACUGAGUCCACUUUUAACUGAAGUGGUGGUUACAUUUUGCUUGGCUGCUGGUGUGCUUUAUAAGUAUGGAAAUUGGCUAAAACAUCAUAUCAUUGUUACAGUUGCAGUUCUUGUAGCAUGGUACUUCUCAUUUCUCAUUAUCUUUGUUCUACCACUGGAUGUGUCUUCGACAGCGUAUCGCCAGUGCAUGCAAAAAAAACAACCGGAAUAUUUCACUCAUGGACAGUAUCUUUCUCAUGUGAAUUCAACAAGUAUACCGUCUGGUCUGGGGAAUGCAUCACUGGAAGAUGAAAAUACAAGCAGUAUCUUUCCUGUUCACUGUGAGGAACCAUGGAGCAAUGUGCCUGAGAAUGUUUUACUAAAUUUAUGGCGUGUUGUUUAUUGGACAUCACAGUGUCUCACUUGGCUUGUGUUACCAUUGAUGCAGUCCUACAUAAAGGCUGGGGAUUUCACUGUGCGUGGAAAGCUGAAAUCUGCUUUGAUUGACAAUGCCAUUUACUAUGGAUCUUAUCUAUUCAUUUGUGGGGUGCUGCUCAUCUAUAUUGCAUUGAAACCAGGUCUUGACCUUGAUGGGCAGAAACUGAAGGCUAUUGCAUCAUCAGCUAGCAAUACAUGGGGCCUGUUCCUUCUUGUGUUACUCUUAGGCUAUGCUUUGGUUGAAGUUCCACGUUCUCUAUGGAAUUGUAGCAAAUGUGGCUAUGUUCUGAACUACAGCUACUUCAAAGCAGCCAAACUCAGCUCUGAAAAGUGUGAAGCAGAAGAGACUGUUGAUGAUAUUCUUGAGUCUCUUCAGGCAGUGUCCAUGUCAAUAGGUUCAGGCCAUCCUUUACAUCAAAACUUGGAGACAAUUCUUCAGAAAGUCCCUCCUGAGCUACAGGAAAGAAUGAAUCGACGUCAGCUUCCUGAUGAUACACCCACUGAGGCACCUUCAGAUAAAGCACUUAUACGACUUCACAAGCAGGUUAUUAAAGCCUUACAGACACAACACCGCACAGAAACACAGUGGGGUCUUCUUGUGGAUCAUAUUCUGAUGCUAGAAGAUGUAGCUCAAAAUCAAGUUAGUCAUGAUCAUCGAUUCAAACCAACCUUUCAGUCACCAAGACCAUUUUGGCUUCGUGUUCUGUACAGUCCAACUAUUGAGUGGUAUUGGAAAUGUGUGAUUCAUGGCUAUGUACUCAAAAUGGCUGCUAUUGUAGCUGGAUUACUAUCAGCAGCUGUUGUCUGGUCAGAGGUAACCUUCUUCAAUAAGGAACCUCUGUCACUUUUUGCAAAAUUCCUCAAUCCAGCUAAAGUAAACUACGAUUACUUCACCAUAGAGGUUUUGUCCACUAUGAUCAUUGCAUAUAUGUGUUACUGUGCAUAUUCAACAGUGCUGAAAAUACGACUUCUGAAUUUAUACUACUUAGCACCUCAUCACCAAACAGAUGAAUACUCGCUGAUAUUUUCGGGAAUGAUGCUGUGUCGACUCACGCCGCCUAUGUGUCUCAAUUUUCUUGGCCUCAUUCACAUGGAUAGCCACAUUAUUAAGGAUCAUAUUUGGGAAACACAUUACACACAGGUUAUGGGGCACAUGGAUGUGAUAUCUAUUGUGUCUGAUGGCUUUAAUGUGUAUUUCCCCAUGGCAAUGCUGGCCUUCUGUUUGGCAACAUACUUCAGUGUAGGAUCACGACUGCUAUCAUUGCUUGGAUUCCAGCAGUUUGUUGGUGAUGAUGAAGUGACUGCUGAUCUUGUGGAAGAAGGCCGAGAGCUCAUCAAGAGAGAAAAGCGGCGCCGGCAACGAGCUGAGGAUUCUGUUAACCGACGCCGAGAGUUUAAGGAAAGAUUUGGUGGAGUAGCAUCACGAUACCGAACUCCACGGCAGAAACCAGAAGAUAGGGUGCGUCCUCUCCAUCGUGAUGAUUCAACAGAGUCUGCUCGAGCUGUUCUCCUUCGUGAUGUUGAACCACUGGACUAUUAUGUAGGUGGAGGUACAGCUUCUACAAAUACAGCAUCAACAGAUGGCAGCGAUCAUUUCUAUGGUCCAAACAGCAGCAGCCAGUAUUACCAACAUCUGGAAGUUUCGGGAGGUACAGGUUUGGAUGCCACACUGGGUAGAGAUAGUGCUGACAACCAAGGAUCACUAAUACUAUAUCAAGGAGGCACAGUGACGGAUAGUUUCAUUCCAGAUACUACAGGUAAUGUGUUUGGUGGAUUACCUAUAUCAAGGGAUAGAGUUGGUCCUCCACCUCGAGGACUGUUCGAUGAUGUGUGAACAGAUCACACAUGUGAAUCUAAGUAUUGCUUUUACUGAAUUUAAUGCGAGGACAUAUCCUUGUCCAGAUAUCUGCAGAUUGUUCCUAAAAGCAGAAGUAAUUUUUAAAUUGUUCUUUUAAAAUAAUGAGGUAAUUACUUUCUGGCAGGUUGUAAUUCGUAGUGUAAGAAUAAUAUGACUGAUAUUUUGUCUAUGCUCCAUAUGUUCAGAAUUUUGACUGACAGGUUUGUUGAGAUUUGAGGUUUUCACAGUAUUGAAGAUUUUAUUUACUGUAGUCAUCUUGGUUGCACCACAUAAUGUGAUAGGUUGUUACCAGCAUUUUGUAGGAAUCUGCUGCAUCUUCAGUUAGAAAUGAGCCAAUUUUGAAAAUCGAUAUUGGAAGAGUGAGGGGGGACUGGGUCAUGGAGAACAGGAUUGGCCAUUCUCCCCUCACCCUUAUGUAACCUACCCAUUUCUGAAUUUGGCUCACUGAAGAUUGAUGAAGGGAUACUGAGAUAGUAGACUGAGUGAAAGUGAACUGGGUAUUUAGAUGUUUAAGAAUUGAAAUUCAAAUCCACUGUAGAUAACACAAUACAAAAGUGUAUAUGUUUAUUAGAGAUGAAACGUAAGUGCUUCACAGUUCACAAUAUUUGCGCAUUGUAGUUAAAGUAUCUAAUAAUUCUGUGACCAGUAUGUGUAAUAGGGUGUGAUUAUGCAAUACUUGGAAGCACACGGAAGAGUCAAUAUGAGAAUGUAUGCAGUGCACUGUCCCAUCCGUUAUAUGGUGUAAAAUCCAAUAUGAAAUAUGAUGUAAUGUCUCAAAUAUGAACUUACAUAGGGUGUAAUUGUGAGUCAUGUGCUUUAGUGGUGCUGAAAGCAAAACAGGUUCAUAAACAGAGGUUAAACUUACUGGGCUUAAUGAUUUUAAAUGUUUAAAACAGCAUGUGUGAGGAAAUAUACUGGCCAUCUCUUUAUCAUUACAUUAAUAUUAUUGGUCUGAUAGUUCAAUGAUUUCACAGUUCUUUUAACUGUUUCUCCAAGUGUGAACAAAACAAAUUUGUGCGUUUAAGAUAGCAUGCAGCACACACACACACAUCUUACAUGUGCGUGUAUAUAUACAGUAAAACUUGGUUAUAGCAACAUCGGUUUCUGC